UUGAAACGAGAAAGAUAAAAGGUAUUAUCGCACUCGAUUGCAACCCAUAUUUCCCCAAACUCGCCGGCACUCGGCUGAGACCGAAACGACAAACGAAGAAGCAGAAAUUAAGCGCAAAACGACCGCUUCCUCUUUCUCCGGGUGCUUCUCCGAUCGGUGUUUAUCAAUCUGAAUAAACACCGAGAAAUUCAUAUACAUUUUCGAAACUUCUGUGCAUUUAUAGGUAACAAUGUCGGAAGAUGAGAAGUUGUUGAAAGAGGCAAAGAAAUUGCCAUGGGAUGAGAGGUUAGCGCACAAGAACUGGAAGGUACGAAAUGACGCUAACAUUGACCUUGCCGCCGUCUGCGACUCCAUUACUGAUCCCAAGGACCCGCGCCUACGUGAAUUCGGUCCUUUUUUUAGGAAGGCUGUAGCAGAUUCAAAUGCGCCAGUUCAGGAUAAAGCUCUUGAUGCUUUGAUUUGUUACUUGAAAGCUGCUGAUUCUGAUGCUGGGAGAUAUGCCAAAGAAGUAUGUGAUGCAAUAGUGGCUAAAUGCUUAACGGGAAGGCCGAAGACAGUGGAGAAGGCACAGAUGGUGUUUUUGCUAUGGAUAGAGUUGGAGGCUGUUGAGGCAUUCUUGGAUGCUAUGGAGAAAGCAAUUAAAAAUAAAGUUGCCAAAGCUGUGGUUCCUGCAAUUGAUGUCAUGUUUCAGGCUUUGAGUGAAUUUGGCACAAAGAUUGUUCCACCAAAAAGAAUCUUGAAGAUGCUGCCUGAACUGUUUGACCAUCAAGAUCAGAAUGUUCGUGCUUCAUCUAAGGGGCUGACACUGGAGCUCUGCCGCUGGAUUGGAAAAGAUCCUGUGAAAUCUAUAUUGUUUGAGAAAAUGCGUGAUACAAUGAAAAAAGAAUUGGAAGCUGAGCUUGUCAAUGUUUCGGGGACUGCCAAGCCAACACGCCAAAUAAGAUCUGAGCAGGACAAAGAGCCUGAACAGGAAGCAGUUUCUGAGGCAGUUGCCUCUGGUCCUUCUGACGAAUCUGCUGCAGACAUUCCACAGGAGAUAGAUGAGUAUGACCUUGUGGAUCCUGUUGACAUUUUGACCCCUCUGGAGAAGACAGGAUUUUGGGAAGGAGUGAAAGCAACCAAGUGGUCAGAGCGUAAAGAGGCUGUUGCAGAGCUAACAAAGCUUGCAUCUACAAAGAAAGUCGCACCUGGUGAUUUCGCCGAAAUUUGCAGGACACUUAAGAAGCUCAUCACAGAUGUAAAUAUUGCCGUGGCAGUUGAAGCCAUCCAGGCAAUCGGAAAUCUUGCGAGGGGACUGAGAACACAUUUUUCAGGAAGCUCUCGCUUCUUGUUGCCGAUAUUAUUGGAAAAACUGAAAGAGAAAAAACCAACCCUGACGGAUGCACUUACUCAAACACUCCAGGCGAUGCACAAAUCCGGGUGCUUAAAUCUUGCUGAUAUUGUUGAAGAUGUCAAGACUGCUACGAAAAAUAAAGUACCCCUAGUUCGAUCUCUGACUUUAAAUUGGGUGACAUUUUGCAUUGAGACAAGCAACAAAGCUGUUAUUCUAAAAGCGCACAAGGAAUAUGUUCCCAUUUGCAUGGAGAGCCUGAAUGAUGGAACUCCAGAUGUUAGAGAUGCUGCUUUUUCAGCCUUGGCAGCUGUGGCCAAGUCGGUUGGCAUGAGACCUCUGGAGAAGUCGUUGGAGAAAUUAGAUGAUGUUAGAAAGAAGAAGCUAUCUGAAAUGAUUGGGGGCUCUGAUGGUGGUCCACCUGCCGCAUUCACCUCUGGUGCAGUCCCAUCAUCUGGAGGAAUUGUAUCUUCCACUCAGGCUUCGAGUGGAUCACUUAUUAAGAGGUCUGCAGCGAGCAUGCUGAGUGGAAAGAAGCCUGUACAAGCCGCUCCUCCUAGUAAGAAAGGGACAUCUGCAAAAUCUGGUACAAGCAAGAAGGGUGAUGGAACUUCUCAGUUAAAAGCAUCUAAGUCUGUUGAAGUUGAAGAUGUUGAGCCCGCAGAGAUGAGUCUUGAAGAAAUUGAAAGUAAGUUAGGGUCCCUUAUACAGACGGAGACGAUUACUCAGUUGAAGAGUGCUGUGUGGAAAGAGAGGCUUGAAGCUAUUAAUUCAUUCAAAGAACAGGUUGAAGCGCUACAAGUGCUUGACCCUUCAGUGGAGAUUUUGGUCCGUCUUCUCUGUGCUGUUCCUGGUUGGAGUGAAAAGAAUGUCCAGGUCCAACAGCAGGUUAUUGAUGUAAUUACCCACAUUGCUUCAACUGCAUCAAAAUACCCAAAGAAAUGUGUUGUGCUUUGCAUUCAAGGUGUGAGUGAAAGGGUUGCUGACAUUAAGACUCGUGCUCAGUCCAUGAAAUGUCUAACUACGUUUUGUGAAGCUGUGGGCCCAGGGUUUAUUUUUGAGAGACUUUAUAAAAUUAUGAAAGAGCACAAGAACCCUAAGGUUCUUAGUGAAGGCAUAUUGUGGAUGAUUACCGCAGUUGAUGACUUUGGUGUUUCACUUCUUAAACUAAAGGAUUUAAUUGAUUUCUGCAAAGAUACUGGCUUACAAUCCAGUGCCCCUGCCACAAGGAAUGCAACCAUUAAACUUAUUGGCACUUUACACAAGUUUGUUGGUCCAGAUAUCAAAGGGUUCUUGUCAGAUGUAAAACCUGCUCUUAUUAGUGCACUUGAUGCAGAAUAUGAAAAAAAUCCAUUUGAGGGGACAUCUGCAGUCCCAAAGAAGACUGUGAAGGUAUCAGAUACCCCUUCCUUGUCUAGUGGUGGGCUUGAUAGUCUUCCACGCGAAGACAUUAGUGGAAAGAUAACUCCUGCUUUGCUCAAGGGAUUGGAAAGUUCUGACUGGAAGGCUCGGUUAGAAUCUAUUGAAACUGUAAAUAAAAUAUUGGAAGAAGCCAAUAAGCGCAUUCAGCCUACUGGAACUGGAGAGUUGUUUGGUGCUCUUAGGGGUCGUCUAUAUGACAGCAACAAGAAUUUAAUCAUGGCAACUUUGUCUACUUUUGGUGGUGUUGCUUCUGCGAUGGGACCAGCAGUUGAGAAGUCAAGCAAGGGGAUUCUGUUGGACAUAUUGAAAUGUCUUGGUGACAAUAAAAAGCACAUGAGAGAGUGCACUUUGAAUACAUUAGAUUCAUGGCUUGCUGCUGUUCAUCUUGAUAAAAUGGUGCCAUACAUUACUACUGCGCUAACUGAUGCCAAACUUGGUGCGGAAGGCCGCAAAGAUCUCUUUGAUUGGUUGUCCAAACAGCUAACUGGAAUGAAAGAAUUUCCUGAUGCUGUACAUCUUCUAAAGCCCGUAGCGUCUGCUAUGACGGACAAAUCAGCUGAUGUUCGGAAAGCAGCAGAAGCAUGCUUUGGAGAACUUGUUAGAGUGUGCGGGCAGGAGACGGUGAGCAAGAACUUGAAAGAUAUUCAAGGACCUGCUUUAGCUAUUGUUGUUGAACGAUUGAGACCAUAUGGGGUACUUCAAGAAACCUCUGAUCUGGGAAGAACAACUUCCACUGGGACAACAUCGAAGGUGGGGUCGAAGAUAGGAAAAUCCACUGGUCCUGCUGAUCGUGCUUCUAGGCAUGGAAACAGAGCUGGUGCUUCGAGAGUUGUUCCUGCAAGGAGCUCAAGGCAAGAGACCCUAAUGUCUGUUCAGGACAUUAGUAUCCAGUCACAAGCUUUGAUAAAUGUCAAGGACUCAAACAAGGGUGACAGAGAGAGAAUAAUUGUGCGCAGAUUUAAGUUUGAAGAGCCACGAUUGGAACAGAUUCAAGAUCUUGAGACUGACCUGAUGAAGUACUUCAGAGAGGAUUUGCAUCGGAGGCUUCUCAGUACAGACUUCAAGAAACAAGUUGAUGGAAUAGAGAUGCUGCAAAAGGUGCUUCCAUCAAUUGGGAAGGAAUUAAUUGAAAUUCUUGAUAUAGUACUGAGAUGGUUUGUUCUGAGGUUUUGCGAAUCAAACACUUCCUGCAUAUUAAAGGUUCUGGAAUUCCUGCCUGAACUUUUUGAGAUGUUAAGGAACGAGGGAUACAUGAUGACUGAAGCUGAAGCUGCCAUUUUCCUUCCUUGUUUAGUUGAGAAGUCUGGUCAUAACAUUGAAAAAGUGCGAGAAAAAAUGCGAGAGUUAACUAAGCUAAUCAUCCAAGCAUAUUCUGCUGCAAAGACUUUUCCUUACAUUUUGGAAGGUUUACGAUCAAGGAGCAAUCGAACUCGUAUAGAAUGUGCUGACCUUGUUGGCUACUUACUGGAUAAUCAUGAAGCUGAGAUUGGUGGACAAUUGAAAUCCUUGCAAGUUGUUGCAAGUUUAACAGCAGAACGGGAUGGUGAAACUAGGAAGGCUGCGUUGAAUACUCUGGCUAUUGGCUAUAAGAUUCUUGGUGAUGACAUUUGGAAAUAUCUUGGAAAGCUGACAGAGGCGCAAAGAAGCAUGUUAGAUGAUAGAUUCAAGUGGAAGGCAAGAGAGAUGGACAAAAGAAGAGAAGGCAAACCUGGUGAAGCUAGGGCUGCUUUAAGGCGUUCAGUGAGGGAUAAUGGGACUGAUCUGGCAGAGCCGAGCGGUGAAGUUUCACGGCCAAUAGCUGGCCCAAUCUUAAAUAGGGAUAUUUAUAACACUACAGAGCUUCCCAUGGAAAGAAAUAUGAAUCUACGGCCAGUUGCUGGUACAAUUGGUCCCUCAGACUGGAAUGAAGCUCUUGAUAUUAUAUCAUAUGAUUCUCCUGAGCAGUCUGUUGAAGGAAUGAAAGUUGUGUGCCAUUUGUUGGCCCUAGCAACCAAUGAUCCUGAAGGCAGUGCCAUGGAUGAAAUUGUCAAAGAUGCAGAUAGGCUUGUUUCCUGCUUAGCAAAUAAGGUAGCAAAAACGUUUGAUUUCAGUCUGAUGGGUGCAUCUUCAAGAUCUUGCAAAUAUGUUCUUAACACACUCAUGCAGACAUUUCAGAAUAAAACGCUUUCUCAUGCCGUAAAGGAGAGUACCCUAGAUAUCCUCAUUACUGAACUUUUGCUUUGGCUUCUUGAUGAGAGAGUACCCCGCAUGGAUGAUGGCAGUCAGCUCCUGAAAGCGUUGAAUGUUUUGAUGCUAAAAAUCUUGGACAAUGCUGAUAGAACAUCAUCCUUUGUUGUGCUGAUUAAUCUAUUACGGCCUUUGGACCCAUCAAGGUGGCCAUCUCCAGCAACAAAUGAAUCACUUGUCAUAAGAAAUCAGAAGUUCUCUGAUUUGGUCGUCAAAUGUCUUAUAAAACUUACAAAGGUUCUUCAAAGCACCAUAUAUGAUGUCGAUCUUGAUCGCAUCCUUCAGAGUAUUCACAUUUACCUACAAGAACUAGGAAUGGAAGAGAUCAGGAGGAGAGCGGGAGCCGAUGAUAAACCUUUACGAAUGGUGAAAACUGUGCUGCAUGAACUUGUCAAGCUUCGUGGUACUGCCAUAAAAGGUCAUCUGUCCAUGGUGCCAAUAGACAUGCAACCACCACCAAUUAUUCUUGCCUACAUUGAUCUUAACCUUCAGACCUUGGCUGCUGCGAGGAUGCUGACUCCCUCUGUACCUGGCCAAACUCACUGGGGUGAUUCUGCAGCAAAUAAUCCAGCACCAGCAACACAUAAUGCAGAUGCUCAAUUGAAGCAGGAACUUGCUGCCAUAUUUAAGAAGAUCGGUGACAAGCAAACCUGCACAAUUGGUCUUUAUGAGUUAUACCGGAUCACACAAUUGUAUCCCAAGGUUGAUAUAUUUGCUCAGCUGCAAAAUGCUAGUGAGGCAUUCCGAACAUAUAUUAGAGAUGGUCUAGCCCAGAUGGAAAAGAAUGCUGCGGCUGGAAGGACUCCUUCUAGUGUACCCAUGCCAACUCCUCCUCCAUCUUCACUAAACCUGUCUUCUCCCAAAUUUGGUCCUUUAUCUCCUGUAAAUACUAACCCAUUGAAUGAUGCAAAAUCUGUAAACAAUAAAAUUGAACCAUCACACUUUAGUUUGCCACCGUCGUAUGGCGAAGAUGACAGAGGUGGUAAUGCUCUCCCCUCAAGAGGACUAUCAUCUGAACAUUUGGAGUUGCAGAGAAAUGAUAGAUUGCCUUCUGGAGUUACUAGUGGAACACUAGAAGCGAUCCGCGAAAGAAUGAAAAGUAUUUCAUUAGCUACUACCGUGGGGAACACGGACCCAAGUAAUAGACCACUAAUGUCCAUGAAUGGUAACAUCAGUCACAUGGUGUCAAAUCACGCUCCUGGCACAGAACAUUCUAGUGUUGAAAAUACCAUUCAGAGUGGGGUUCUUCCCAUGGAUGAGAAGGCACUUUCAGGGCUCCAGGCACGAAUGGAGAGGCUGAAGAGUGGAUCUAUGGAAUUCUAGAUAUUUUUUGGUCAAGCGUGAUUCCCAGUGAACUUGCAUCAUAAGAUGCUUUAUGUUUGCCGAGAAACACCUUGAGCGUUUAUACAGCUCAUGUCUGAUUACAAGUGGAAAGCUCGGUCAAGCGUUGCCUGCCAUCUCAAUUUUAUGGGACAGAUCUUUGUGUUCUUGAGAUCUCGUAGAUAACGUACCAUAAUGGUUUUUUCCGGCAGGAUUAGCUGUAUAUUUUUGUAGAGAUAUCUACUGAUUUGAUUUGGUCUAAUUUAAUUGAGAGGCUCUCGUGUGUUUCGAAAUCUUGAUCUAGUAUGUCAUGCCUCAAUUGAUAGCUAGAUUCCGGCUAGGUAGUUGAAACUGUUGUAAGCUGUAUGAUAACACUUCAAUGUUGAAAUCUUCCUAUUUUCACGUU